CCUCCGCAUUCCUCGAAUUGUGUUCUCCGGUAUGCCUCCGUUAUUUCAAUAUCACGUAUUUUCUCUCCCUCAAGAGCUCCUGGAGUCGCUCACGCCACGAAAUCUUGUAACGCAAGCCCUUGUCAUCUCUCCCUCUCGAGCAGAGCCUCCAGAUAUUGUCUCACAAACCGCAGCGGGAGCCAGGACUUGCAAUAUUUGCCUUGGAGCUUCUUUCAUUGAUGUAGGCGAGCAACGGAAUCACUACCGCUCCGAUUGGCAUCGGUAUAAUGUCAAAGUACGGUUGAACGGAGGAAAAGCUGUCGGGGAGGCUGAUUUCUCGAAACUCGUCGAUGGUCUGGAGGAUUCAAUAUCUGGCUCUGCAUCCUCAUCCGAUGACAGUGAUUCUGAAGAAUCCGAUACAGUUAGGACCUUACUGCAGAAGGCGAGAGUAUCCUCUCGCUCUCCAUCCCCAUCCUCUGGGCCGACAGUUCCACAGACUGCUCUUGCCUGGUUUCAUUCACCACCGUCCACCCAGAUUGGCGUCUACAAAGCAAUAUUUGACGCAUCAUCUUUGAAUGAGUCCUAUGUUGAUGACCUCAAAGCCAUGCAGAAAGGCGUUCAAGAAGGACGGACGUGGGCCAUGUUUAUGGUCGCUGGGGGACACUUCGCAGGUGCCAUUGUGCGUGUCAGCAGUUCAGCUGAGGAUGGAGAAGAUUUUGCUGGCAUGAGAAAGAAACCAAAGCGACCCAAACCUGAUACGGAGGUGCUGAAGCACAAGACUUUUCAUCGAUAUACCACCCGCCGAAAGCAAGGUGGUUCGCAGUCUGUAAACGAUAACGCCAAGCAUAAAGCGAAAAGCGCAGGUGCUCAACUUCGAAGGUAUGGAGAGCAAGCCCUUCGUGAUGACAUUCGUAAUCUUCUACGAGACUGGGCAGAAGACAUUGCCCAAUGCGAGAGGAUAUGGAUUAGAGCUAGCACAUCCAACAAGCGGAUAUUCAUGGACUACGAUGAUGCAGUAUUCAACAAACGAGAUGAGCGACUUCGAACGUUCCCGUUUAUGACCCGCCGACCAACGCAAUCGGAACUGGGACGUUGUUUGCUAGAGCUGACCAAGGUCAAAGUAUCGCAUCUCACGGAAGAUGCCCUUAGAGCCCAAGACGAAGCUUUCCUCGCUUCGCUACCAAAACCGAGGCUGAAGCCACAGCCUUCCCCAGCCCUUCCCCCAGUGGAAAAGGAAAAGGAACCCAAGCUAUCCAAAGAAGAAGAGCUUUUUCGCGAUAAAUGGACGCGGCUAAUAGACAUGGUUACCAAAGGCCGUCUGGAUGCUCUGAAAUCAUUAUGGGAACGGGAAAGCUCAAAUAUUGGCGGCGUCGAUGCACCCGUUCCAGAGUGGACUGGAGAGAAGUAUGGAACGCUCUUGCAGCUUGCCUCACACUCAUGUCAAGAGGAUGUCACUCGUUGGCUUCUGGAAGAAGCGCGGGCGGACCCUACCAUCGAGGUCCCUGUGGCUGUUUCUGUUGAAGACGGGAAUCAGUCUGACGCCUCAGAUACGGCACCAACACCUGUCGGGUCUCGCAGGACAGCGUACGAUCUUGCUCGGACGCGCGGGGUCCGAGAUAUCUUUCGACGAUGCGCAGGCGCUCACCCAGAUUGGUGGGACUGGUUCACCGCGGGACAUGUGCCCAGUGCCCUGAGCAAGGAGAUGGAGGAAGGUAGAGAGGAAAAGAAGAAGGUGAGGCGGAAGGGGCUGAAAGACAAGCUGAAGGAACGAGAGGCGAAGGAGAAGGAAAUGGUUGAGAGUGACCCGGUUGAAGAGGUUGCCCCCAAACAGCAGCAUCAGGGCCCAGAUAAUUAUUUGGGCGCGAGAAAACUUGGUGGAAGCUCAGGUUCAACGGAAGGCGUUGUGGGGUUGACACCUGAGAUGAGGGCCAAGGUCGAGAGGGAGAGGCGGGCGAGAGCCGCUGAAGCUCGAAUGAAGGCGCUCAGCGGUGAAAAAUGAAUGUUUUGAAUUUCUGUGUAUGUCUAGUAUGUCAGCCCACUAUCAGCCUAUCUUGUAGAGUACCGUUUGUAUUACUCUCGUACACACUGGCACCGACAAGCUUCGCGCCCU